CUUCUCCUCCCCCAAUCAAUCCAUCCAAACGAACUGUACGCAUUUGACCCAAAAUCCGUAUCUACUUUCCUACACAUCCAUAUAUAUUGUAUGUAUGUAUGUAUAUAAUCUAAGCUGGUUUGGGGAUGAUGGAAGAACCCGGGAAGCUGAAACGAGCAUUGAUAGAUGCUACGGCAGGGGCGAUCUCCGGCGGUGUGUCUCGUACAGUAACGUCUCCAUUAGAUGUCAUUAAGAUCAGAUUCCAGGUUCAGCUGGAACCCACUUCAUCAUGGGCCUUGCUACACAAAGAUGUAUAUGUAAGAUCGAAAUAUACUGGGAUGUUGCAAGCAACCAAAGACAUCUUUAGAGAGGAAGGUUUCCGGGGUUUCUGGCGUGGUAAUGUCCCAGCUCUUCUUAUGGUUAUGCCAUAUACUUCCAUACAAUUCACAGUGUUGCAUAAAUUGAAGACAUUUGCAUCUGGUUCUUCCAAGAAAGAACAUCACAUUCGUAUAAGUCCUUACCUGUCUUAUAUCAGCGGAGGAUUAGCCGGAGCUGCAGCUACUGUUGGAUCAUAUCCAUUUGAUCUUCUAAGAACCAUUUUGGCUUCCCAGGGUGAGCCAAAGGUGUAUUUGAACAUGAGGUCUGCAUUAGUCGAUGUAAUCAGAACUCGUGGCUUUCAAGGGUUGUAUGCUGGAUUGUCAACUACUUUGGUUGAGAUUGUUCCUUAUGCUGGGAUGCAGUUUGGAACCUAUGAUACAUUCAAGCGCUGGACCAUGGGAUCGUCCCAUGUACGAAUAUGUCCAAUAUAGCUGCUUGAUGCUUCUGCUGUUUGGAAAUAUGGAUCCCUGAAGUCUGUACUGAUGCAUUCGACUGCUUCUAGUAGGGAUCUUCAAGCGAUCCUUGGGAUUAGUCCUGACUCGCAAAGACUCAGGAAAAAUAGGAAUCAUGGACACCUUGUCUAUGUAUGCAUGGACUGGAACCGGUUCAGAUCUUCUGAUGAAAACCCCUCGGCUGAUGUCCUUCCGAGCUUCCAGCUCUUUCUCUGCGGCUUAGCAUCUGGCACAUGUGCCAAAGCUGUAUGUCACCCCCUUGAUGUGGUCAAGAAGAGGUUCCAGGUUGGUUCCCUGAGCCCAGCCUUCUUAAACUAAGUGAUAUCUGUACUUGCACUUUAUAUAUCGACAAGUAUAUGAAGAUUUUUCUUAUUGUCUAUUUUGUUGGGUUAGGGAGGAGAUUCAAACAUCGAAAUGGUGAAUUAGUUAUCACCAAGCAUCAAGUUUUCAGCAGUUGGUACAAAAUGCUUUUUUUCCUUUGACUAAACACGCAUCAAGGCCAAAGCGGAAAGGGAAAAUUUCAUUUAUACCCCCUAUAAUUAGGUUUGAAUUCAAUAACACUUUCUCCCAAUUCUGAAACUUCAAUGUCACCCCCUAUCAGUGUUUGUCGAAUUACGGCAUUAACGGCAAUUGAUAAUUUAAAGAAAUAUCCCAAAAUAUUUUAUUAGGUAAAUUUUAUCCACACCCUUUGUAAAAUAUACAUAACUUUAACGACA